GAGAGGCGAGUGGCGGAGGGAGCGCAUCUGGAGGCGAGUCCGGUAGGAGGGAGUGGAGUCAGCGGCCGAGCGGGGAGUCUGGCAGGAGGGAGCGGAGCCGGCGGAAGGGAGCGGCCAAGCGGAGCCGGGCUUGGGGUGUGUGUGUGUAUCCGUCCUGGGCCGGAUGGGAGCGGCAGCUCCAUGGCGCAGCCGGGCUACGUGAAGUCGAGAGGUCGAAUGUCGGUGGACAGGCUGCGCUCCUGGUGGGAGGUGCCGGCCAUCGCUCACUUCUGCUCUCUGUUCCGGGCCGCCUUCGCGCUGCCCGACUUCGAGAUCGAGGAAUUUGAAGAUGCAUUGCUGGUCGAUAACUGGGAUUUCUUAGAGGACUUGGUUUCCAAACUGCUUCGAGGAUGUUAUCAGCGCAAAGAUAUUAGCAUAGAGAAUUUCCACAUGUACCUUGAGGACAUUAUACGGCAUCGAUGGGAACUUGAAGAGGGGAAGGAUAACCCACUGCAGGGAAUACAUUUUAGGGCUCUUUCUUCCCGAGUAAUUGUGGAUAUUUUACACAAACUCUGUGAUUACCGCCUGGAUGCUACAGAUGUAUUUGACCUUCUAAAGGGCCUUGAAGCAGACAGCUUAAGAGUAGAGCCCCUCGGAGAAGACAGCAUUGGGGCACGCUACUGGUAUUUCUAUGGCACCAGGCUGUACAAAGAACUGCCUCCGCCGAUGCCACCAAAGGAGAUACCAAAACAUAAGGCAUCGAAGAAUGAUAAGAAAAGAAAGAAACUUAAAGAAGAAGGAAAAAUUAAAAAUUCCAAAGUCUUACAUAAAAAUAUUACAAUAAAGAGCAAAGAUGAGAAACAAAAGGAAAAGUGGAAACUUCGUUAUAGUUUAUCCAAAACAAGUGGUAAGUUUGAGAAUGUUGAAAAGGGAAGUGGAACGCAUUAUGAAACCUCCGAUGAAGAGACUAAUGUGCAGAAGGAAAAUGAUGCUGCAGGGUAUAAUGCUUCUCCAGUGAAGAUGCGCCUGGAAGAAUGGAGUACUUGGUCUCUUGUAUGUCGCACUUUGGAAGAAUGGCAGAAUCUAGCCAACGGUUUUGGAGAGAGCCAAUGUUCAAAAGAGCGGAAGCUAUACAAAAUUUUGACUGAGAACUUCAUUCCUGAAAUCAGCAAUCUGAUUGUGCAGAAGGAGAAACAGUUACAGAAGAAAUAUUCAGAAAUUGUUCCUCGAAGAGCGUCUGAUCGUCUCCUUGUGAAACGUACUCAGCAGGAAGAACUGUUUUCUUCUCUUUUGAAGCAGAGGCAGGCUGUAUUUGGUAGACUGGGGGAAAAGAGAAUGAAAGAUGGGUACUACCUUGCAGCACAGGGGCUGUAUACACCACAAGAAAUUAAGCAUAUUGAGGAAGAAGGAAAAAUUCUUGCCCGACAAGAACGAGCAAGGCGUCGUCAACUACGAGAAGAGAAACAAAUGUCUUAUGUGAAAAGCACCCUGAAGAGAAAGCGUAAUCCAAAAGCACAUUCUCCAGCCAAAUAUGAGGAAGCUGAUAAGAGAAAGCCUGAAGUGCAUUAUACAGAUGAUGAAGAGUAUGUUUCUAUGUACAAAGUGCUGGAUACUGUAAAAGGUCACAAGGAUUCUUGGCCCUUUAAUGAACCAGUGGAUGAAUCCUAUGCACCGGGUUACCACAAAAUCAUUGAGGAACCAAUGGAUCUCUCAACUAUUGAAAAUAAACUAACCGAAAAGAAAUACUGUAGCAGAUGGGACUUUGAAUCCGAUUUCAGGCUUAUGUUUGACAACUGUGAACAAUACAAUGGGAAAGGAAAUGAGUACACCCUGAUGGCCCAAGCUGUGGAGCGAUGCUUCACCAAAGCAAUGGCCAAGUACUUUCCCAAGGAUGAAGUGGACAGCGAUGAUGAUUUCCAAGCUAAAAUUAUGUGGGAGAAGAAAGACAAGCAGAGAAGUAAAUCCUGUUACUUGGCUAAGGAUGAAACUGAGAUACUGACUGAAGGAACUGAUCAUGUUCUUGGAAUGGAAAAAGUCAAUGCUUUUGUGAACAGUCAUUCAGCCAGCAAUGACCCGCAGAUGAUUGCUGAUCUUAAGAAGGGAGAUGUUCAGCAACAGCUUUGCAACAAGCUACCUUUGCCAAGUCAAACGCAAACUAUGGAAGAAAAGCAAAAUUCAACCAAUGGCCCACAUCGAAGUUCUGAAGUCAUUAAUCAGCCUCAGGCUCCUAAGGUACCAGGACAGAAUGUUAUGGAACCAAUACGGAAACGGUUUCAGCAGCAGUAUCGGAUGCAGCAACAAAUGUUGAUGAAUGGAUCAAUGACACCUGCUUCAGCUGGAUCUAGUUCUGCAAGUUUACAAACAGCCAGUCUUUCAUCCAGUGGUCAUGGAAAUGCACCUCCUCACACUGGCAUGCCUACUGUUCCUUCUGAUGUCCAAGUACCAAUACAUUCCCCUGUCUCUAGACCAAAUAGAUCUACUAAUCUGAGUCUUCCACAGACUGAGACAGAAAUUCCCAAUUCCCCUUCAUCUACUGCUGUAACAACGAUGCAUGGAAACAUAGAAACAGCUGUACCGCCAAAUACACAAAGUGGUGAUUGUCACGUGACAGAUUUAAAUCAGGCUAAUGGACCAGAAUGGCCUGGAUACUUGUACCAUUCCGGUCACCACCUUCAACACAAACUAGGAGAAGAAAAGUCUAAUUCUGUGCCACCUCGGGGAGUGUCAGUGGAGCAUACAAGUCCUGUUGUGCAGAACCAUCUGUCAGCAGCAAACAGCUCAAUAACUGGAACUGGAGGUCCUGUUAAAAACGAGACUUUACCCAACACAUGUAGAACGCCUGUGAAAAACAGUGAACCAUAUCCAAGUCAGCCUCUCAUGCAAAUUUCAGAUUAUAACACGCAUAAAUCUCCCUGCAGUCCUCUUGAUCAAACGUCUCAAAGACCACUUGCCAAAGGUGCAUCUCUAGAGCAAGCUGCUUACAGCAAAUUGUUUUCUACGGAUCAGCAUCAUUUGGUGAGCAAGGAGCCUGCUUCUAAUAAAGUAACCCCUCUAAGUACCUCAGCAGCUGCUAAUCUACUUCAUCAAGACACUACAGGAAAAAAUGCAGAAUCAGAGAGAUUUGGUGGGAAUAUAGAACUUAAGGAACAGAAAUUAUUUCACAGCAAUGCAGUUGGAGAAAAAGACUCAGAAGAUUGCAGAUUAAGGGAGGGGCAGAAUUUGGUGCUGUCAAAUAGUUUAACCAUCGGUGAAAAGCAUAGCAUGAAAGAUCCCAAAUCAAUGGAAAAUCUGAGACUAAAAUUAGCAAACAGUGCAGAAGCUUAUUCAGAUUUUCCUAACGGUAGUGGUGAAACUGUUGGUGGCAUUCAACAGAGGAACCCUGCUGUACUUGUCGCUCGCCCUGACACAAGGCAUCAAUUUGGGCCAGUGUCGGCUUACAUGCACUAUUUGGGAUGUAAUCCCGAGAACCUGGCAUCAGCUCAUUCGUUUGUCCAGCACCCCCCUCAUCUUAUGGUAGCUCACCCGAUGCAGGGGCAGGCUUCUCAUUUUUACCAGCAUCCGAUGGAGCAGCAAAUCUCCUCUCGCAUGAACAAUCUUGGCUAUCAUCCGCAGCAGUCAAUUCAGUCCGCUGUAAUGUCUGAUCGGGGUUACCUUACGGGGCAACCUGGUUUGUAUAGCCAAUCACCGCUCAUGUUCUUAAGAGAGGGCACUGGGCAAUUGCAGGCAAAUCUGAGGGAAAGAACUGAUAUGUAUUCUGAGCAACGAAUACCAGAAAGAGAUGAAUGCAAACCUUUACAUGAAGCUUCAAUAAAGAAGCAGAAAAGCGAGGUAUCAGAGAGAAGAGUAGCUGCUUCCAAGAUAGAAAGCAAUGGUGAAAGAGCUAGUAAACUUGGCAGAGAGCAAGACUAUUUAGAUCUUGAUGGCCAAACUUCAACUAAAAGGCAAAAAGUUAUUCAUCCAGUUUCUGCAGCUUAUAGUACUAGUCAAAUGACCAGUGGAAUUUAUUCACAUCAAAUUCCACACCCUGCACUUUAUGCUAAUGCUCCAUCCCAGAAUGUACAGAGACUGCCUUAUGGCCAGCCAUACAAUCCACAACUACUGCGUGUACGUUCAGUGAUAACUUCAACUUCCAACCACAUGAUACCCCAUCAAGUGAUGAAUCACGGUCCUUUCGGAAUGCAGUUGUUUAGCCAUUCAAAUGUGAAACCCAGCCCAUACCCUGGAACUGUAAUUGUACAGAGACCACAGUUCGAUACAAGUGGGGAUCUCUACAUGGUAAGAAACCUGCUGCCUGAAAAUCCAGUUCUCAAACAGAUGGGGAGAAAGGAUCCUGAUGCAAUGCCACAGCCUCAAGAUAAAGCAGCGCCCACUCCUUGUAUGAACCAGCCCUGAACAAACACCUUGGCACAGCAAGUGGAUGUGGCUCAGGAAACUCAUUUUAAGCACUGAAAAUACUGUUGUAGUAUUACAGCUGAUUAACUGUGAAUUGUAGUCAAGGACCAUUUCUCUAGUGGGAGCUUAAACUCAGGUUUAUAUAGUGUGAAUAGAGAAUUUUCAAUAAUAAGAAUUUGAAAUAAAGUUAACAAUUUGUUACACAUUUAUUUUGACCUAAAAAUGUUUUGUAAAUUGCCUUAAAGAGACUAUGUAAAUUAUAUAUAGAGGUUGCGUCACCUUGCUUGCAAAUUUUGGAAAAUCAUAAGAGGAAAAAAAUAACCAGAACUUUUAAUUUAUUAAUUGUAUAUGCUGUUCAUUCUGACAAUUAAAGGUGUGGUUGCCACUGGAAAGCAAAAUGAGGAUAAAAGUGUGCUUAAGCACACUGUGACAUUGGCAAACUGCUGCUAAACUGUGACAUUAUGUUUUUUUCUUGUGUUUACUUUUUAGUGUAUGGAUUCAAAAAAGGUUUACAAUUAGUGUUGUACUCACUGUACUUUAUUACCUUGUCUGCUGUGAAGCUGCAUUUGGAAUGCUUUUUGCAGAGAAGACCUUUUUAAAAGGUGGCCUUUCAUUCUCAAUUUGCCUAGCUAGGAAUAUUAAUGGAUUGUAGAGGUAUAUGAAUUCUAUUUUGUUAUUUAUGUAUUAAAUGUUCAAAAAAAUCUGAGGAGUACAUACAGCUAAUGUCAAAACUGAUGUUUUGUAAACUUUAGUGUAGAAUACUGCUGUCUGUCUCUGUACCAGCUGCACUGUUUAAAUGGCUCUUCUCAGGAAUAAAUAAAACUAUUUGUGUAUUCCA